AUGGCUGCUGCAGGAUCGUCCUCUCCCAGGCCAUCUCACAAUAGGCCAUGGGAUUCUCCCCUCGGACAUGAGCAGUCUCUCGCCUCCACCUGCCAGGACUCCGCCGAAGAAGACGAGCUCAGCGAUGAGAUUCCUUUGCAACUACAAGGUCAUCGCAGUCCCGGGCCACAGCGCAGACUUUCGACCAAACGCAAGACCGAAAAGGUGGCUGCCCAGCCUUCGAGUCCCAAAAGGUCUAAAAGAGCCGCCACUGACCUGUCUCCGAACGCAAAGUCUUCAUCCUCGUAUCGCUUAAGAACACCCAGUCGAGGAUCGUCACCACAAGCACGUUCAACUGCGGCAUUGACUGGUCCUUCAGACGAGCUAGCCGCCACCGGGCCAUCGGCCCGCUUGCUUUCGCCCGAUGAGAUCGACACCUUUCUCGACCUGAUCUACAAACAUCAUCCGGAACCCAUGACAGCUGAAACCAUGCGUCAGAGCGUCGAUGCACUGUACCGUGAUUGGGAACAAUUUUGCGCCCAGCGUCAAGUGCCUGUCCGGCUCGCCAAGAAGCCACUCAUGGAUGAGUACGGCAAGAUCUUCAACGGCGUCUACGGCCCUGACUCGCAAGCCAAAGCCAGAUCGAUAGCGCACGAGCUUUCACAAAGGUCAGCAAACUCGUCUGCCGGCAGGGAUUUCGCGGAUGCUGAGGGGAGUGCACGUCGCGGCAGUGGCAGCAGAUACAGCGGCACGAAUUCUAUGAUCAGUGGAGAUACCAAUGAUGAGGAAGACGAGGACGACGAGGACGAGGACGAUGUCGACCAAGGUGUGGGCACGACGGCUGGCGACGCAGGUGCGCAAUCGUUCGUUUCUAAGAAGAAGCUUGAAAAAGGGCAAGACGUCUCGGAAGGCAAUCAGCCGGAAAAGUCUUCCAAGAACUCCAACAUCGCUCAAGUGGGCCGUAAUGGUCUUGCUGUCCUUCCGCCAGGGCUGUUCGACAUCUUGCGCGCUCAUCUCCGCGACGACAUCUUGUCGAGCAUCAUGCCAUCGGUGCGCAAUGAUCUCACUGAACAGACACGGGAGCUGUUCUUGCAGAACCAGGAUCUGUUCGGACGUAUCAAGGAGAUGGAGGAUCGCAUACGCAACCAAGACCUCUGGAUUCGCCAUUUGCUCUCUCGCGACCCGUCGGACCUGACGUCGCCACCUGGUGGACCUCACGCGAGCGCCACGGGACUUGCGAGUGCAGACCAAAGGUCGAAGCCGUUCCCGGCUGCAGCACGCGAAUCUGCCCACUUUGGCGGCAGACCACCUCGACAAGGACCUCUGGGCUCGGACUUUGAGAUGGGCCCUGGCGUGCCCAUGGGCGACUUUUUUGACGGUCCCGGCUCUAUGUCGCCGUACCAAAACCCUCGCAACGAGGCAGGACGCGGUCCACCACCAGGCUCGGUCGGACCUCAUCCGUUCGAAGGACGCAUGCCACCUGGUGCAGCGGGUGCGGGCAUGCAAGCCGGACCAAACAUGUCUGCGGCCAGUGUAUUUGGGUCCGGUCGACGGGAAGCAGAUGCGCAUCCUUCAGGUGGGUAUCGCGAAAGGCCGCCGCCCGAACGAAGGCCAUCGUAUGCGAGCGAGGCAUCUCACCACCAUCGUCCCGGCUCCUGGCAAGGCGAGAUGCAGCCUGGCCGAGACCCGCGCCUUCACACGCAUCCAAGCGAGCGAAACGACGCAGUCGAAGCACGAUACGAGCCGCCAAUGGGUCCUGUUCCUGGUCAACAUCGGCUCUCUGUGGGAGACGCUCGACGUCUGAACUCUUUUGCAGGUGGCAACGUGAACACGGGUGGACCACGUGGCGCGGCUCCUCCUUCUACGGGCUCUGCACCGUCCAUUGGCAGCAUGCAGGAUGAGUUCCGACGACCUGGAGCGCCGACGCACACUAGAGAGCCCAUCAUGUCGCCUGUCGAGCCGACGUGCGAAACUCGCCGACCACCUCCUGGCUUGCCCAUGAGCCAGUCUGAAGCGUACUUUGGCGGUGCCGAAGCGAACAAGGCGCCCUUACCGCCGAGAGCCAUGGCUGCUGCAUCGCCCGAACAGGUGCAACGAAACAAACGCGGUCGACCAAGCAAGGCCGAGAUGGCCACCAGUCGAGGCGGCGGCGGCGAGCUUGGCACUGGAGGCAGGCACGGCUCGUUUGGCGGUAGCUCACAUCCAUCAGCGCCAUCUAGGCCUUACCUUUCGUAA